GUUUGUUUAUCAAAAUGAAAAAAUUGGAAUUUCUAAACUGAAAACACAAAUACCACUCUCUCUUUUUCUCUUUCUUGCCUUGCAAAAAUUGAACAAUCCCAAAUUCACUUCUAGUCUGUUACCCUUUACCAACGUCAGAUUUUCUCCAUGGCAGGAAGAGAAGUUCGGGAGUACUCAAACCUUUCAGAUCCUAAAGAUAAGAAAUUUGGUAAAGGUAAAGAUAGAAUCGACGAUGAAGAUGUUACUUUUCAACGCAUGGUUGCAAAGAUGCAAGAGGUUGCUGGAGAACGUGGAGGCUACCUUCAUGGAAGAGGCGCGUUGGAUAGUGAUGACCUUCUCUAUCUAAAGGAGCAGAUGGAAGCUGAGGAAGAUGCUGAGCGCCUUUUACGUCGCACUGAGAAACGAGCAUUUGCCGCUUUCAAAAGAGCAGUGAAUUUGGCAGAUUCUACACCUGCACCUACUCCCUUGUCCCUUCGAGUCGAGCCCAAAUCAAAGAGUGGAAUAAGGCAACAAGAUCUGCUAAAGAAAGUAGUAGAGAUUAAACCGAAGCGAUCAAAGUUGUCAAGCCCAUAUCAGGGUAAUCAGUCAAAUUCAGAUAUAAAUGAAAUUGCUACGCCAGAGCACAAGGUUGAGGAGCUAAGUGAAAAACAAAAGGAUGCUCAGUUAUUAUCAAAGGAACAAGCCCAAAAAAAAGCAGAUGAUACUGUGAAAUCAUUACUAGGUUUAGCAUAUGAAAGUUCUGAUAGUGAAGAUUGAUUUUACUGUAUCCAUCUUGGACAUCAUUAAUCUAUAGUUACUUGGCCAGUAUGCCUAUCCAAGUUGAAAAAAAAUGUAAAAACAGUUUUCUCAACUCGGAAGUUUCUCCAAUAUUCUGAAUGUUUUGUAUCUGAUGUUAUGAGUAUCGUUAUCUCUGACAUAUCAUAGCUUCGGAAUGCAAGCAGCUGCUAGUUCUUUUUGCGUA